GCCGGGCACGUUGCCAUGGAUACGUACGUGUGUACGAACGUGCAGACGUCGACUGCGGCGAGGAGACGUGAGGAUUCUCUGGCUGUGGUUAAUGGUCAGCAGAGUGCGUUCCACGCUCGGUGACCCAGAAAGAAAAUGCUGCAGCAUACAAAGCGUUUGGACAUAUCUAAAAUUCUACAAGUGGCUGGAUCAUUGGAGAAAACUAUAUGUCGCAGUUUUGGUCCAGAAGGGGGGCAGGUUCUCUUUAUUAAAUCCACUGGAGAGCUUAACAUUACCAGAGAUGGGAAAAAAAUACUUGAGUGUCUCCUAUUGGAUAACCCUGUUGCAAGAAUAAUUGUGAGCUGUGCCUCCAAGCAUUACAGUGUUACUGGAGAUGGCGUGAAAUCAUUUGUUUUACUGCUGUGCGCUUUCCUCCGAGAAAUCCAGAGAACAACUGAUAAAAACGAGGACCUGACUUUAUCUGGGAAUUCGGCAGGGAAAGUGAGACAUAAAAGUAAAUGUCACACGUUAAGAAGAAUAAGCGAUAUGCUGUUGAUUUUGCAGACCACAGUUCUGGAGCCCAUCAUACGAGAGGGCCUAAGACCACACUUUCUUUCCAUGUACACAAACCAGAAAGGAAAUGUUACAUUGUGCAGAGCUUCUCUGCAACAAACACUGGAUACAUACUUUUGUGGAAGAAACACAUGUACCAACCAGGGGUUCCUUAGUAGACUGGCCUGUGAUUAUCUAUUGAAAUGUUUAGCUUGUGCUGAUGACAUUGCGGAAGUAGUCCGCUUUGUGGACAAAUUCUUCUCUGAGCUUCACACACAAGCUCCAGGAUUUCCAGUUGAAAAUUGCAGGAUUCUGCCAGGCCUGGUUCUUCACCGAGAUUUUUCUGUAUACUGUCCAGUAGAGGGAGACCUGAGAGCGCUUAUAGUGACAGAUUCAAUCCAACAGUCUCUUUCUGCAUCAGGCAUAGGCUUUGUUGUUUCUUCACAGAUUCAGCUACAGAUUUCCCAGCAGUAUCUGGAGCAAAGGACUGAAAAUAUAAUGAAGCAAUUUCAGAUGAAUAAAAUCAAGCUGAUAUUAUCUGUUGUUAAACAACAUGAAAUGGUUUCUUUCUAUGCUAGACUGUAUGGCAUAUCUAUAGUAGAAUGUAUACCAUCAGAAGAGAUUGAUCUGCUUUGCACAGCCGCUGGGGUGACGCCUGUGUCUACAGUGCUCAGUGAUCAUCUUCAGAAUAACUAUUUUCUGGUAAAGACUUGUCAGCCCAUUUUAAUUGGCGACAAAAAGUACGUACAUCUUGUUUUCAGUGGUUCAUUGGCCUUCAAGCUACACAGCAUUGUGUUGUAUGGGCCCGUCAGAGGUCUGAGUGAGCAGAUUGCUUCUUCUUUUCAUGGUGCUUUUAAAAUGCUUAAACAGUUAUUCCAGCCAGUAGACGCCAGUUGGGAACUGCCACUAAAUAACCCAGACUUUUGUUUACCCAAUAGAAGAGUGUCAGCGGAAGAACAAAGAGUAACUUUUAGCAAUUGCCAGAAUGACUCAGACUGCUCUGACUGCCAUCUGCAAAGAAUGGAUCAAUACACUCCUAUGCAGGGCACAAGCAAUGUACCGGGAGACAUUUCAGACUGCUCUGACUGCCAUAUGCAAAGAAUGGAUCAAUACACUCCUAUGCAGGGCACAAGCAAUGUACCGGGAGACAUUUCAGACUGCUCUGACUGCCAUAUGCAAAGAAUGGAUCAAUACACUCCUAUGCAGGGCACAAGCAAUGUACCGGGAGACAUUUCAGACUGCUCUGACUGCCAUCUGCAAAGAAUGGAUCAAUACACUCCUAUGCAGGGCACAAGCAAUGUACCGGGAGACAUUUCAGACUGCUCUGACUGCCAUCUGCAAAGAAUGGAUCAAUACACUCCUAUGCAGGGCACAAGCAAUGUACCGGAAGACAUUUCAGAACCAGCAUUACCAGAAGCAACAUACAGCUUAAGAACAUGUUCCCACUUAUGUAUAGGUAAUCAUAUGUGUUUACAUCAGUUAGAACAAAGCAUUCAGCAAGUGGUGGAAGGAGAACCUGCACAACGGUUAAGAUGUUCAGUGAAUCUUAAAUCAAAAUUGCCUGCAGAUGUCAUAUCACAUAAGCAGACUUUAUCUACAAAUAUCGGACUAGUAUUACCAAGCGGGGGAGUAUUUGAAAUGUUAUUGCAUCAUCACCUCCACAAUUUUGCCAAAACAUGCCAGGAGGCAGAGCUCGCAAUGGUUUGUACUGUUUUUGGAGAAGCCCUCUUAUGUAUUCCCAAACAUAUCUACAAAGCUAGGAAGGAACGUUUUCCACUUGUAUAUAAACAAUGCAUUGAUGCAUUAAAAAGCAAAGAGCCAAUAGACAUAACCCAGACAGGUCUUGAAUCAGUGUCUUGCAAAUACCAAUUGAUGGCUUCAGUACUCCAAUGCAUUAGUAAACUUGUGACAGUAGAUUUAAUUAUUGGUAUCAAUAAAGGGUCUCGGAGUGUUUCCUGUGAAGAAAUAAAUUGACAUAAGACUUCUUA